AUGCUCGCAACCAAACCCUCCAUGUUGUUCUUGUUAUUACUGGUCAUUCUGCCCGUAAUGAUGAUGAUCGGAGAGCUCAUGGUAAUAGUUGCAGAUAUUCCAGUUCAUUGCGUCCAUCAUAACAUUGGAAAUAGUGAAUGGAAAUUAUAUCUAUCACCAAUGAUUUAUUCUGUAAAGCAAGAUGAGAAAGCUCACAGCAUUCAACGAAAACAACACAUUCCAUUAAAUUGUACGAGAAUGGAGAGAGAGGAUGUGAAUGUUGCGAGAAUAGUGAACGUUUAUUUGCAACUUCCAAAUAUUGUGAGAAGUGAAAAUAAGAAUGGAAAUGUUAUUGGAACAUGGACCAUGGUGUAUGACCAAGGAUUUGAAAUUACUCUUUCUCAAUAUAACCAUAAUUAUGAAAUGAGCAUGUUUGCUUUUAGUAUGUUUGAAAAAGUGAACAGUACGAGUGAGUUGAUUCGUUCAAAGUGUCAUCAAACGUUUGUUGGAAAUUAUAGAAAGACCAGUUAUGGAAAACAAAGUGUGACUUCAUUUGGAUGUUAUUAUGCUGAGAAGGUUUAUCCUCAACCUACAGAUGUGAAAGUUUCUCUUCCAAUUAAUACUUUACUCUACAAAUUUUAUGAUCCAAAGAAUCAAGGAAAAGGACUGAAUGUCAAUAAUGACCAAUCAGAAUUUGACAGUUUGGCAGAUGAGUUGGGAUUGGAUUUAAGAUUAAUGCGAACCAAUGAUCCAAAAGAAAAAUUCAAAACGGAUCGAACUCUCAUUGAUUGGAUUAAUACUCAAUCAGAUGAUUUGGGUUGGUCUGCUCGCUCCUAUUCUCAAUUCGAACAAUUCACCAAUGAAGAAAUGGAAAGAAUGAAUGGAGCUCGUUCCAUCUUGGUGGACAAGAGCGAUUUGAAAAAACCACAGAAUCUUGAUCAAGAAGAGGAAAACUUUGCUCUUGCUUUCGAUGAGAUUGAUUUCAAGUCUCCAUUGCCAGAAAAUUUUGAUUGGAGAAAUGUGAGCGCAGUGACAGCCAUUGAAUCACGAAUUCGAAUUCAAACCAAGAACAAGCUUAAACCAUUACUGGCCGUUCAAGAUAUUGUGUCCUGCAGUCCUUAUGCUCAAAAAUGUCAUGGAGGUAUUCCUUAUUCUAUUGGACGACAUUUACGAGACUUUACGUUAGUUCCAGAAUCUUGUUUCCCUUAUACUGGUUCUGAACAUAUUCCUUGUGAUUCAAAAUGCAACAAUCCACCAUACAUUGUUAAAAUGAAAGAUUACAAGUAUGUGGGCGAUUUCUAUGGUGCUGGAAAUGAAGAGAAUAUGAAACGAGAAAUUUUCAGACACGGUCCAGUAUCUGUUGUCAUUACUGGUUGGGGUGUCGAUCCAGUGACAGGACAAAAAUAUUGGAAUGUAAUGAAUUCAUGGGGCGAACGAUGGGGAGACUCUGGAUUUUUCAGAAUAGCACGAGGCAAUGAUGAAUGCGCUAUUGAGGCAGAACCUGUUGCUUUCUAUCCUGAGGUUGUUUAUACUGCUUGA